AUGAAAUCUGACACCUGACGUUUAUACUUUUACAAAAAUAAAAACAGAUAAGCUGAAAUUAAUAGCAUAGCUAUUUAUUUUCCAAUAUUUUGUACUUGCGAUGUUUAGGUGCUGAACAUUUUUUUGUUGGAAUUCAUGUGAUUCAUAUCAACAUAUUUAAGUAUGAACCGUCAACCUCAAACCUACGGAACCAUCUCAUCGCCUACAGACGUUGGUUUCAGUGAUAGAAUUGCCACACAAUUCAAUAGCUAUACUGAUAAUGUCGUGACAAAUAUCUACACAAUUAAUUCCAGUAUUAAAACAUUGGAGAACGCUCUAAAAUUAAUUGGCACAAAAAAAGACAGUCACGGAGUACGAAAUAAAGUUCACGUUACACAACUAAGCACUAAUCAAAUAGCUUCAGUUACCAGCAAAGACAUUCACAAAUUAAAGCAACUCGUUGCGAAGAAAGACAAGCAAAGGCAGUUGCAAGUUGAGAAGUUGGAAGGAAAUUUUAAAGAUGCCGUUGGCAGAUAUCAUACAUUGCAGAAGGCAGUGGCUGAGAAGCAGAAAUCUCACCUUUUAGUCCCAUCUGUCAGUGUUGAUGAAAGUGAACAGGGUAACAGCGAUGAUUAUGAGAAGCAAAUGCAGGUUCAAAAGACUAGGGAACUGGCAUUUGAGCAGGACCUACUCCAGGAAAGGGAAACCAGGGUGAGACAGAUCGAAUCAGACAUUCUGGAUCUCAAUCAAAUUAUGAGAGAUCUCGGAUCGUUAGUACACGAGCAAGGAGAAAACAUUGAUACCAUUGAAAACAGUAUUGACAGAGCAGCUGGUAAUGUAGAAGAAGGUACUGAGCAGCUGGUUAAGGCCGCCAGUUACCAGAGAAGUUACAGAAAGAAAUUGUGCAUUCUUGUCGGUAUUGCAGUAGUAAUAGCUAUAGCUUUAAUAAUCAUCUUAGCAGUAGAAUUAAAAAAAUGAGAUUUAACUUAUUAUUAUAAUAUCCAAAUAAUUAUUUAUAAUGUAUAUUGAUAUUUUUAAUUAAGUUUUAUACCUGUUAUACAUUAUUUUAUUAUUAAAAUAUAUACUCUUUAAAAAUAUAUUUAAUGAUAUA